AUGGAGUCGACGAAUCUAACAGAAUCGUCGCUCCCUCUAUACAAACGAGGGAGUAGAACUUCCUCGGUAGGUUCGAGGAAGACAUUACUAUCCCAUUCGAGAACAAUAUCUUCUCAAGACCAGAUCACCCCCCCACCUACACCCAAAGAUGGCCCUUCGAGGGAGGGGACUCCUAAGGAGACCUCAUCGAAGCGUGUCUCGUCACAGGAAGAGCCGGCCGUCAGUGUCACAUCCAAUGGCGAAUCGUCUACGGACGUGAGCUUACCGGACACACGGCCUAAGUCGCAUACUUCGGCAUCUUCGAAGACCUCUUCUAAGAGGAUUUCGAGGCCGACAGAGUACCCGGCCUUUAUGAGGGCAUUCUACCAUUUCAGGCCCUUUCAGAAUGCAGAUACAGCGACAGUCACAAUAGCCCUGAGCCCGGGCGAUAUGAUAAUGGUUCACAAUAUCCACGAAAACGGGUGGGCGGAUGGUACCGCCCUGGCUUCGGGUUCCCGAGGCUGGCUACCGACAAAUUUUUGUGCGGAAUACGAGGUCGAGGAGAUGCAGCCUUUGUUGAGGGCUAGCAUCGCAGUGUUUGAGGAGUGCAGAGUUGCCUCCAACGCUUCGUUUGUCACUGCUAGCCAGACCGUCGUUGGCGACGUAGUAAACGGCGUCAGAUAUCUUCUGGAAGUGACGGACUGCCUGACCAGGGACUCGGAAAACGUUCAAACAGACGAGUCCAUUCGCAAGACGCGAAAGGUUCUUCUCUCCGAACUAUCCGUUCUUGUCAAGACCGCUCGCCGGUUACCGGACGAGCUAGAUGGGGAAGAACUGACAUCCCAAGUUCAAGACCUCAUCGACGACAUGAUACUUAGUUCGUUCAGGGUCGUGGUUCGAGGAGCCAAAUUCCUCGACGCCUGGUGCGAAAUCCACGAUCCUCUUCCCGAGGAUCUUGGUGAAGACGAGAUGGCUACCAUCAAUGAAGACGAUUGCGAUCACACUAGCGAGGUUCGGACUGAGGCUGGUAACCGUGAUUCCAUACAAACAUCUCUCACCACCGCCCUUGGUCCUUUACCUGCAAAAGAGCGUCCGCAACGUCUCACAAUUAUCACACCGUCGUACCAACCGAGUACUGAAACCUCGUUUAUUGCCUUAACCCCGGCCUCGACUGUCAAGGAGUCCGACAGCGAGAGUGAAAUCAUGGAGGCAAAACCUGAGCCUGCUGCUCAGACAGCAUUGGCUACGGCCAGACUUAAUUAUACAUACGACUCCCUUCUCAGUUGUCUAGCAACAUACAUAGGCACAAUCCAUUUGAAAGCCCCCUUACCCUCUCGGUUAUUCGUCCUUACUAAAGACGCCGUUGAAGUUGGCAAGGAGCUACUUCACGUGGUUGAUCUAAUCCAAGAACGUGGAGAAGCUGACGAAUCACUUGAACUCAGCAAGACCAACUUCAAAGAGGAGAUGAACGUCCUUGUUACCGAAGCACAGCGUUUGGUUAAGCCUCUCUCGGAACAAGAGGAUGAGGAGCCCUUGGCUGGCAACGAAAGCCAACCUCUAAUUGAUGCAGCAACGAAAUGUGUCCAGGGAGCAACACUGUGCUUUGACAACGCUCACGGCGUUCUUGAGAAGAUGGAAGAUUUUGAAAUCGCCCUCACUUCCGCGCCUGAGCCAGCCGUUUCGCAAAUUGGAAUUGGUAUCACUACUACAGUCCCUACCGCUCCAGUUGUUGAUGGGUUGCACUCCCCUACUACUACAACUACUACAACUACCACUUCCUCUUCACCUUCCUCUUCACCUUCUUCUUCGUCUUCGUCUUCGUCUUCCUCUUCUUCUGAAGCAUCCUCACCAGUCAUUACCAAACUGAAUCUCGACAAGAACCUCCCUUCUCUCCCUACAAUAAUGAGCCCGGUCACUGUGGAGCCAUCUCUGGCUACGCCCGUUCCAUCCCCUCCUCCGAAAGACGUGAAGGUCAUUAUUGAAGAAAAGCACCAAUCUAUUGACUCUACAGUUGCAACUUCGGUCUCAAUGCAACGCGAAGAUAGUCAACAGUCGGCCACAAGCGAGGAAGAUAAGUUUUCCACAAGAGCAACCACACCUAUUCAUGAAGAAUCGGAAACACCCCUCGCGACCCCUGUGCCCAAACCAACAACCGUCAUUAUUCCAACUUCGGAAACUUCCCACAGCGACAGCACCCCUCCAACCCCAGUUGACGCCCCAGCAAUACCAAAGACACACGCACACAAUCUUGUUACAAAGGAUGGUCUAGUGUAUAUUGGUUCCGUCGCAGCUUUGGUUGAGCAAAUGACUAUGCCCGAUUCUAAGCCAGAUAUCAUCUUCGUUACAACAUUCUUUACUACCUUCAGGUGCUGGUCUUCCCCUAUUGAGAUCACCAAUGUUCUCAUUGAUCGCUUCGAUGAAGUCGACCAGAACCUUUUGGGCUCAACCCCUGUCCGUGUCCGUGUCUACAACGUUUUUAAGACUUGGCUAGAGACCCACUGGAAGAAGGAGUCUGAUAUGGAAGCUCUCCCCAUCAUCAGGGACUUUGCAAUCAACAAGUUGAAGCCGGUGUUGGUUACACCGGGUGACCGUCUCCAAGAGCUCACUGACAAAGUUCUUCACGUCGCAUCCGAUACCUCACUGGUCCCAAGGGAACCUGCUACACUUCAGAAGACAAGAAGCGCCGUUGCCCUGAACCAAGCAGCUGGCUUUGCAGAACCAAGGAUCACGAGUAGGCAAUAUGCUACACUCAGAGCUUUCCAAGCAAAUGGAGGCGAAGUCCCAUCUGUUCUCGAAUUCGACCCUCAUGAAAUCGCACGACAACUGACCGUCAUUGACCAGAAAAUAUGGUGUCAAAUUACCCCUCACGAGCUUCUUGGUAAAGAGUGGACUAAGAAAGAAGAUUCUCGUGCUGUCAAUGUUCUCGCUAUGACUAAGCUCUCUACUCAGAUGGCUCUCUGGAUCGCAUUCACCAUUCUCAAUGAUCCCGACCCGAAAAAGCGUGCUGCAGUCAUUAAGCACUGGAUCAAGAUUGCUGACAAGCUUUUUGAAAUGGCCAACUUCAACACAAUGAUGGCUAUCAUUUGCGCUUUGAACAACUCAACCAUUGGCCGACUCAAGAAGACAUGGGAGCUUGUCUCUCCUAAGACGAAGGCAGCCCUUGAGAAACUUCGAUCUAUUGUUGAUCCUAGUAGGAAUUACUUCGAGUUGCGUUCUCGAACAAGAAAUCAAUUAGCACCUUGCCUCCCAUUCUUGGGUUUAUACCUCACAGACAUGGUUUUCUUCGUUGACGGGAACGCUGAUAAGAGGCCCCUCCCUGACGAAGACCCAAAGAACCCAACCGGUGUCAACUUCUUCAAAUACACACAAAUGACAAAGCUCCUUCAAGAAAUUCAGAACUUUCAGCACCCUUAUCCUAUCCAAGAAGUCACAGAGUUCCAACAUUGGCUAGAAUACCAAAUGCGGACCCUUAAUGAGUCUGGCUACGGUGACGUUCAAAAGCUAUAUCGACAAUCCCUCGCGAUUGAACCUAAGAGAAGGGACCCACCAUCAGCUCCUACCCUCACGGUCUCGACAUCCGAUCCAACUCCAGUUAGCAAUCCUGCCGUUGCUACCCCGGUCACCGCCCCCGAAAACCGAGGCCUCCUGGGCUGGACUUCCUCAAUUCUCAAAGACAAAUCAUCCAUCGCUAGCUUCAACCUCGCCAUGAGUAACCCGUAG